GCAUUCACUUCUGACCUCGCGAGACGACGAAAGGACAAAGCUGUCCGAGUUCCGGUUUACGUGAAGAGAAAAACCAUCAUAGGAAGCAGGCUGAACAUGGCAAUGGCAGGACAUGGGUCUCCCACCGGAGUUGGUCAGAACUGCUGUGAUGGGUCUCCCACCGGGGUUUCCCAGGUCGACUGUGACAGCAGAACAAGCAAUGUUCAAGGCCAGGUGGCAGCACAAGUCAACUUGAAUAACGCUGGUGAGAACCCCUACAUGUGUGGGAAGUGUGGGUACAGGGCGGCUUACAAGUCUGACUUAUCCCGACACAUGAGAACCCAUACAGGAACAAAACCCUACAAGUGUGACCAGUGUGACUAUUCUGCAGCACGGAAAUCCACCUUAAAUGACCAUAAAGCAACAUACACUGGCGAGAAACCCUACAUGUGUGGGGAGUGUGGGUACAGGACAACUAGACAUUCUGACUUAUCCAAACAUAUGAGAGCCCAUACAGGAGAAAAGCCCUACAAGUGUGAACAGUGUGACUAUUCUACAGCAUGGAAAUAUGCUUUGGACCAACAUCUAACAAUGCAUGCUGGUGAGAAACCCUACAUGUGUGGGGAAUGUGGGUACAGGACAGCUGUGAGGUCCCGCUUAUCCCAACAUAUGAGAACCCAUACAGGAGAAAAGCCCUACAAGUGUGACCAGUUUGACUAUUCUAAAGCAUGGAAAUAUGCCUUGGACCAACAUCUAACAAUGCAUGCUGGUGAGAAACCCUACAUGUGUGAGGAGUGUGGGUACAGAACAGCUGACAGGUCCAACUUAUCCAAGCAUAUAAGAACCCAUACAGGAGAAAAAACCUACAAGUGUGACCAGUGUGACUAUUCUGCUGCACAGAAAUCUGAUUUGGAUAAACAUCUAGCAAAACACACCGGUGAGAAACCCUACAUGUGUGGAGAGUGUGGGUACAGGGCAACUCAAAAGGCUCACUUAUCCCGACAUAUGAGAACCCAUACAGGCGGAAAACCCUACAAGUGUGACCAGUGUGACUAUUCUGCAGCACGGAAAUCCCAUUUAGAGGAACAUGUAGCAAAACACACCGGUGAGAAACCCUACAUAUGUGGGGAGUGUGGGUACAGGACAGCUGUGAGGUCGAACUUAUCCAAGCAUAUGAGAACCCAUACAGGAGAAAAACCCUACAUGUGUGGGGAGUGUGGAUACAGGACAGCUAGAAAUUCUGACUUAUCCAAACAUAUGAGAACCCAUACAGGAGAAAAACCCUACAAGUGUGACCAGUGUGACUAUUCUGCUGCACAGAAAUCUGCUUUGGACAAACACCUAGCAAAACACACUGGUGAGAAACCCUACAUGUGUGGGGAGUGUGGAUACAGGACAGCUCAAAAGUCUAACUUAUCCCAACAUAUGAGAACCCAUAUAACAGAAAAACCCUACAAGUGUGACCAGUGUAGCUAUUCUGCAGCCUCUAAUGCUCUCCUAUCUCGACAUAUGAAAAUCCACACAGAGGCACCAAGUCUGCAACUGUGACCAUCUCGUAGUGACAUUUAGGACGCACAGUCUGCUGUUAACUACAGUUUCGCUACUUAGUAUCUUGAUACGAAUCUUAAGGGUAUAUGACAGUUAUGUUCAUAAACAUUUAGGCUGAAUAUUCUGUAAGAAUUCAUGUUUGCAAGUAGGCAAAGGUUUUUCCCAAGAAAAAGCCCUAUACUUGUACACUUUAAUAUCUAAUUAAGUUAUGGCUAUUAUUUAGGUACAAGAAUAAGUCUUAGUUUCGCUUAGUAGCCCAUUUACUUUGUUGUAAUAUCAGAUAUCAAAAUCUAUUUUAGCUAUCUAGAAUUGCGUGAGAAUAGUAAAUGUUAUAGUAUUGAUUGGAUAAUGUACAUAUACAUAAUCAGUCAUUAACAUCGGUAAGUGAUUGUACACAGUAGUUGAAGCUGAAAGGUACAGACAUUAGUGCUGUGUUUGUACACAGUAGUUGGAAUGUAGACGUGAGUGUUGUGUGUGUACGAGCUUAGAUUUCCUGUUUAUCUACUAGUAGUUCCUGUCACGAAGUGUUUGCCUAUAUGUCCUACAAACACAAUUAUAUCUUGUAACUAUCAACUCUUUAAACUACUAGGAUUUGUUAGGAGAAACCCAAAAGCUAAUGGUAUUGAUUUGUGUCAGUGUAAAAUGACUGAUGUGCUUCAGUUUCCAAAGUAGGAAGUAAUUUUACGCCAUUGAAAAGGUAGACGAUAGGUUGUAUACAAGUAAAUUUCCUUUUUUUUUCGAAGAUGUAUCUAGAUCUAGAUAUUUUCC